CUUCAACUUCUAUCAACCCGGUCCCCCUUCGCCAUCUUCACCUCCAUCCCGUCAGUCCUUUGCUGCCGUCACGCCCAACCUCAAGAUGGAUUCCGCCAAGCAGCCUGCUAAGCUCGUCAAGGUCACCCGUGUCCUCGGCCGUACCGGUUCCCGUGGUGGUGUCACCCAGGUCCGCGUCGAGUUCAUGGACGAUACCUCCCGCAGCAUCAUCCGUAACGUCAAGGGCCCUGUCCGUGUCGACGACAUCCUCUGCCUGCUCGAGUCCGAACGCGAGGCCCGCCGUCUCCGUUAAAUCUCCUCAACUCUCCGAAUUUUCUUAUCUUCUUCCCUCUCGAGGCUAUGUACCCUUGCUUGUGUUGGAAAUGAUUCUGGGGGUCGGGAAGGCAAUAAAAAACAUCUCAUGGGCUGAUGCGGCAUCCGGGUUGUGAUGAUUUGCGUUUGUUACCAUUCUGUGUUCCGAUAUACCAGGGUUCCAUAGAAGAAACAAACGAGACCGAGAUCAACCUGAAAUACAAAAAGGAAAAAAAUUUGAAAUCCACCGGACCUUUGAGAUAGAUACCAG